AUGUCUUUCCGUGGUCGUGGUAAUGCUUCCGGUGCCAACCGGGGAGGUUUCGGUGGUGGCCGCGGUGGCCGCGGAGGUUUCCAGCAGUCAUUCGGCCCCCCAGCCCAAGUUUUGGAAUUGGGAUCCGUGAUGCACUCUUGUGAGGGUGAGAUGGUCUGCGAGUCGGUCAACCCCAAGAUUCCUUACUUCAAUGCUCCAAUCUACUUGGAGAACAAGACUCAAAUUGGAAAGGUCGAUGAGAUCCUCGGUCCUAUCAACCAGGUCUACUUCACCGUUAAGCCCCAGGAUGGUAUUGUCGCUACUUCCUUCAAGGCUGGUGACAAGGUCUACAUUGGCGGAGAUAAGCUGCUCCCUCUGGAGAACCUAAGGCCCCCCCCCGGUGCCCCCAAGCCCAAGCGUGCUGGUGGUGCUCGCGGUGGUGCUGCCCGUGGCCGCGGUGGCUUCGGCGGUCGUGGUGGUGCCCCACGUGGCCGUGGUGGAUUUGGUGCUCCCCGUGGUGGUGGUGGCUUCGGCGGUCGUGGUGGCAGUGGCUUCGGCGGCCGUGGAGGUGCUCCCCGUGGCCGCGGUGGCUUCGGCGGUGGCCGUGGUGCUCCCCGUGGUGGUGGUGGCUUCCGUGGUCGCGGAUAUUAA